AUGACCAGAGGUAACCAACGCGAAUUAGCUCGUGAAAGGAAUUUGAAAAAGCAGCAACAGCAAAAAAAAUCUCAACCUCAUCAAGAUAGAUUACUGUUCUCAGCGAAGAAAGAAUCAUGCACUGAGCAUGGUGUAAAGUUAGAUAACAGAAUGGAACGAGAUGCGGAUAUCAUGCGCAAAAAGCAAGAAGCGGCAGCUGCAAAGAAGGCAGCAGAAGAAUCUGCGACUGUUGCUGAGAAAAACAAAAAAAUUCAAAUAUUUGAUCCACUGAAGCAAACUCCCUAA